AUGCCUGACUCCCGCCGAAAAACUACAAAUGAACAGCUAACCACCUGUAUCCACCUCACGAACUCUGUCUCCUCACUAUGCUACGAGCACCUCAGCACCACACUACGAAUCCCCGCGGGCUUUCAGCGCCUCGUCGAUGAUCUCGGUGGUGUCCUGGUGGUGCUGGGCGCGGUGAAUCUACGGGAGGUUGGGGCGGCGCAGUUUGGGUGUGCCGUUGGGGAAUGUGUAAGGGAAAUGAUGUGGCUGAGGGAGAAGUUGCGGGAGAGGAGGAGGAGAAGGUGGGGAGGCAAUGAGGUCACGGAGUAUAGAAGAAGGAUUGGAAAAUUGAGGGUGCUGUGGGAGACGGCGAUGGCGGGGAUGGAUCAAUUGUCAAUGUCGCCGGGAGUCAUCGGUGCGCAUAUAGCGGAGAGGUUGUGCGAGAAGAGACCGUUGCCUACCGAUUUGAACUAUGAGCUUGAAGUACUUGCUCGAGAAAAACGUGAAAAGGUGCUCAAUUGGCUAUAUCCAGAAGCUUAUGAUAAACGACAUCUAGAAAUCCGGGGCCGAAGGAACGAUAGUAUUGGGAAGUGGUUUUUCAAAGCUUACGAAGUUCAAAGAUGGAUUAAUUAUGCGGGAGUUAGUUUACUUUGGGGUCGCAGUGUUGCUGGUGCUGGAAAGACCUUCUUGAGCUCCCUCAUAAUCGACACUAUCAAGGACCACGCAGCACAAGGAUGCCUCGGGGUGGCAUAUAUCUAUUUCAACUAUAAAGACCAAGCCCAGCAAAAAACCACUCAAGUCUUCACAAGCCUGAUCAAGCAGUUCUGUGACCAACUACCAAAGCUCCCCAUCGAGGUUGCAGAUCUCUACGACAAGCUAAAGUCUGACAAAAGGAGACCUACGGUUAUGCAACUGUUCACCCUGCUACUCACUAUUGUCGAGUCGUUUGACCAUGCUUACGUGAUCUUCGACGCAUUGGAUGAAUGCGAUGCGGUAUUGCAAAAAAAGGAACUCAUACCGCUGAUCCGCCGGAUGGCACAGAGCGGGAGCUUUAAGCUGUUUAUCAGUAGUAGGGUAGAGCUAUCAUUGGGACAUCGAGAUAUAUUCGAUGCGUUUCAUGGCGGGUUGAAAAUCACCAUCUUGGCACGGGAUGAGGAUAUCAAUCUUUAUAUUGAGGAGAAGAUCAAUGAGAACCUUCGAUUUCGAAAUUUAGUUGGGAAAGGCCGAUAUAAAGAGGUGAUUGUAUCUGUGCUCAAGACAUAUUCUCAAAAAUUAUUCUUGCUAGUGGAUCUGCACAUUGGAUACCUUUGCCAGCAACCAACUUUGCGAAAGGUCUUCAUAGAGCUUGAGAAUCUCAAGCUCUACACCAACAGCAGAAAAGCUAUCCUAUCUCAAACCUACAGCAUGAUUUUAACCUCCCUUCAGAGCCAACCAAAAAGCUGCGUGAAAUUAGCAAUCAAAACUCUUUCAUGGCUAGUCAAAGCCCAGCGAACAUUAACCGUUGAAGAGCUCAAACAGGCUAUAUCGGUGGAGCCAGGGGACCGCGGAAUAGAUGGAUCCGACAUGCCAGAUAAUGGAACCAUUAUCGCCGCCUGUGCCGGCCUGGUAGUAAUCGAUGGUGACACCGUUAGGCUAUCACACCAGUCAGUGCAGGAAUAUCUUGUGACGAAUGCCGUUGUUCCCCAAAACGCAGAUGAGAAUAUUGCAAUGUCGUGCAUAACAUUUCUCUCAUUCAAUGAGUUUUCUCGAGGCGCCUGCGGGCGUGAGAUGUCGCUUGGAGUUCGGCGCCAAUUGUAUCCUUUUAUGGACUACGCAGCCAAAAACUUGGGCUUUCACCUCCAGUCAUGCGACGAAGAUCUGACAAGAGAUGCUCUCUUCAAACUCUUAAUGCAUCCAGGAAGCCUCUCAUCGUACUUACAGGCUCUAAAGGCCCAAAAGCUGUUUUCAAAAACCUUAGGGCACCACACUCGAUAUAUAAAACGAACGCCUUUGCACGUUGCCGCAGCUCUGGGGCACUGUUCCUUAGUAAAAUUGCUAUUAGAAAGUGGUGCCGGAGACCUGGACAUAAAGGUUAUAGACUCUAAUAUCGGCGAUAAAAGUGCAAUCCACUGUGCUACCAAUGCGGGCCAUGCAUCAAUAGUUAAGGUACUACUCCAGAAAGGAAUAAAGGUCUCAGAUACUAUAGAUGGCGAAAAGGCGUUACUUACAGCAGCGUCCGGCGGCUGGAGUGCAACUGUAAAGCUGCUACUCGAGGAAGGCGCUGAUAUCUCAGAUGUUGGGUAUGAUGGGGAUACAGCGCUACAUAGAGCAGCAGCAGGCGGGCACGAGCAAGUCGUUCGACUGCUCCUUGAUAAGGGCUUGAAUCCGGCUGUAAAGGCCCGGGAUGGAAUGACAGCAUUACAUAGAGCAGCUUCGUCAGGACAUAGUUCAGUAGUUGAGCUCCUACUAGAUAGGGGCGCUAACAUCUUGAGCACUGGAGAGAGUCGAGAAACUGCGCUCCACCAAGCCGCAUCUGGGGGCCAUGAAGAUGUUGUUGAAAUGUUGCUCAAAGGAGGAGCCAAUAUUUCAGCAACAAAGACAUACGGAGAGACCGCGCUGCAUAGCGCAGCAUCAGGAGGACAUGAGCAGGUAGUGCGGUUACUGCUUCGAAACGGUGCCGAUGUAGGAGCAUCGGCAGUAAAGAAUGGCGGAGAGACUGCCCUCCAUCAAGCAGCAUCUGAAGGAUUUAGGAGCGUAGUCAAGAUCUUACUCGAGUACGGUGCGGAUGUUGGGGUUCAAACUAGAUAUGGUGUUAGUGUUCUGCAAAGAGCAGCACAUGGAGGGCACACAUCUCUCGUCCGCUUCCUUCUCGAUAACGGUGCCGAUGUGUCGGUGACGACAAAAUACGGAGUGACAGCGCUGCACCGGGCAGCAUCUGCGGGGCAUGAAUCGACAGUUCAGCUACUACUUGAGCGGGGCGCUGUUCUCUCUGCUUUCGAUGCUGAUGGAGACACUGCACUUCAUGGAGCAGCAUCAGCUGGGCACUAUCCUGUCGUAAAAUUACUUAUUGAAAGCGGUGCUAAAGUCGAUGAAGUCACGAAGAACAGCGGCGAAACGGCACUACAUAAAGCUGCAUUCGGGGGGCAUCGAAUAAUAGUGGAUUUUCUGCUUCAAAACGGCGCCAAUCGUUUGGCCUUGUCGAAGAAUGGAACGAUGCCAUUGCACAGGGCCGCAUCAUCCGGGCACGGGUCGGUUGCUCGAGCACUCCUCAAAGAUCUUGCGGACUAUCAGGUGUCCGCAGCGAAGCAUGACGGCGAAACUCCUUUACACUGCGCUGCCUUAGGAGGUUAUGAGGCGAUGUUAAACCUGCUACUAGAAAGUGGUGCAGAGGUUUCGAAGCAGAAUGGUGAUGGAGAAACAGCGCUACAUAUUGCGGCGUAUGUUGGGAAUGCUGCGAUAGCUCUUACUCUAAUCGACCGCGGUGCCAAAGCUUCGGAUAGAAACCGUAGGCUAGAAACUGCUACUGAUAGGGCAAGAGCUGGGAGUCAGAGACAUGUGGCCGCUCUCUUAUUACAUUACCGUCGGAAAGGGUAA